AUGCAGAGGACAACUUUUAAAGAAAUUCUAUCUAUCUAUCUAUCUAUCUAUCUAUCUAUCUAUCCUAGUCUCUUCAUAUCUAUCUAUCUAUCUAUCUAUCUAUCUAUCUAUCUAUCUAUCUAUCUAUCUAUCUAUCUAUCCCAGUCUCUUCAAUCUAUCUAUCUAUCUAUCUAUCUAUCUAUCUAUCUAUCUAUCUAUCCCAGUCUCAUCUAUCUAUCUAUCUAUCUAUCUAUCUAUCUAUCUAUCUAUCUAUCUAUCUAUCUAUCUAUCUAUCUAUCUAUCCCAGUCUCCUCAAUCAAUCUAUCUAUCUAUCUAUCUAUCUAUCUAUAUCUAUCUAUCUAUCAUAGUCUCUUCAUAUCUAUCUAUCUAUCUAUCUAUCUAUCUAUCUAUCUAUCUAUCUAUCUAUCCCAGUCUCCUCAAUCUAUCUAUCUAUCUAUCUAUCUAUCUAUCUAUCUAUCUAUCUAUCUAUCUAUCUAUCAUAGUCUCUUCAUAUCUAUCUAUCUAUCUAUCUAUCUAUCUAUCUAUCUAUCUAUAUAUAUAUAUAUAUAUAUAUUUAAGCAACAAUCCUUCCUUUAUGCAUGUAAAACUCUCUCUCUCUCUCUCUCUAUCUAUCUAUCUAUCUAUCUAUCUAUCUAUCUAUCUAUCUAUCUAUCUAUCAGUUUCAUUCUGUUUCUAUACAUUUUCGUCAGUUAUUAUCUAUCUAUUUUAUCUAAAUUUUUACCAUAUAAUAUCGGGAAGCGAACAUUGGAGCUAAUCGGCCACGCGUCUAUCACUCAAUCUCUCUCUCUUUUCCUAUCAAUCUCUCUCUCCCUCUUUUUUCCUAUCACCCACUCUCUCUUUUCGUAUCACUCAUUCUCUCUCUUUUCGUAUCACACACACAAUCACUCUCUUUUCCUAUCACUCUCUCUCUCUAUUUGUAUCAGUCACUCUCUCUCAUUUCGUAUCAAUGACUCUCUCUCUCUUUUCCUAUCACUCACUCUCUCUCUCUUUUCCUAUCACCCACUCUCUCUUUUCCUAUCACUCACUCUCUCCAUUUUCGUAUCACUCAUUCUCUCUUUUCCUAUCACUCACACACUCACCCACUUUUCCUAUCACUCUCUCUCUCUCUUUGUAUCACUCACUCUCUCAUUUCGUAUCAAUGACUCUCUUUCUCUCUUUUCCUAUCACCCACUCUCUCUUUCUUUUCCUUGCCGACAUGUUUCAAAUGAAAGGCCCGAUGAUGCGGUGGCUGUCAUCUGUAAAGGCUCAGCAGCUGUUGUUGAUGUCUGCGAAGUAGGCUCUUCUUCUUUCUCAUCUGCAAUGGACACGCGUUUCAUUUUGUUUGUUUGUCUCGGCAGUAUUGUAUAG